AUUGCUGGCUCACUGAAACGUUUGGGGGUGAAUGCAGUAUACCUUUUAGUCACAGGACACAAGAUGUGUUGGUUAAGUUGGAUGGCCGCUGUCUGUUUAGCCGGAAUGGCAACAGCUGCAGCGGACAAGAAAAUAGUUUGUUACUUUGAAAGUUCGUCGGUACAUUCACCUGGAGCAGGACGAUUCACGAUUGACAACAUAGAUUCUAGUCUGUGCACUCAUUACAUUUACGCUUACGUCGGCCUUAACAAAAGUCGCAUAGAAAUUAUUGACCCAUGGCAAGAUCUCCCCAUCGAAGGAGGUCAGAAUGGUUUCGAGCGCUUCAAUGAUAUGCGUCGAAAAAAUCCAGGAGUCAAAACCCUGGUGGCGAUCGGUGGUGCGAACGAAGGCUCCGUAGAAUAUUCAAAAAUGGCUGAGACUUUGUAUUCACGCGAAAUUUUCGUAAACAACACAGUUGAGUUCGUAAAGAAAUAUGGGUUUGACGGUUUUGAUCUCGUAUGGCAAUGGCCCAAUCAACGUGGAGGAAAACGCGAAGACGUUCUGAAUUUCGUCAAACUUAUCAAGGAAUUGAGAACUGCUUUUGAUAAAGAGAAUUUACUUCUCAGUGCUGGGCUUAUCGGUGCCAAAUUAUGGGCCUCGGAUUCGUAUCAUAUCGGCGAAAUAUCAAAAUAUCUUCAUUUUAUCAAUUUGUUGGCUUUUCGGUUUCAUGGUUAUUGGGAUUAUCAAACUGGUCUCAAUGCACCUCUUUAUCGUGGCUCCACCGAUAUCGGAAAGUAUAAGGAGUUGAACGUUCAUGAUUCAAUUAAAUAUUGGCUAUCCGAAGGUGCACCAAUCGAAAAGCUGGUUUUGGGAAUUCCCCUUUACGGUCAAUCUUUUACGCUUAAUGAUUCCAACGUGAAUGAUAUCGGUGCUCCAUCUGUCGGACCUGGAAUCUAUAGGCCAUAUUCGCGUGAACCAGGCGUGCUUGGUUACAACGAGAUUUGCGAAAUGCAGCAGCAAACACACUGGGUUUUUAAAUAUGACCAAGAGAGACGAGCGCCUUAUCUUUAUUGGAAGGACCAAUGGAUCGGCUACGACAAUGUUAAAUCCGUGAGGGAGAAGGCUGGAUACGUCAACAAAAUGGGCCUCGGAGGUGUCGUCAUAUGGACCAUCGAUAAAGACGACUUCCGGGGUAACUGCGAUGAAAAAUAUCCUUUGAUCAGAAGUAUCAAGCAUGUUCUUCGUAACCGACUAGAAGAGUAAUAUCACCACCGGCAUACCUCUCCAUAAUUCCUGGUGCGGCUGAUGAGAAACCGAGCAUGCUUUACGUUUACGUUUAUGACAAAAAAAAUAUCGAAAACAAUUGGAAACGCUAU